AAGAAGACUUCACGUCCUGGUUGGAAGUGAGGAAGGCGCCAGAUUUGAAGACUUGCCUGCUGAAAAAAAAAAUUACAUGUCAAAUGGAUAACGUAAGACAAAAAGGUGUGUUUGAUCACUUGAAGAUGUUAGAGAAGAUAGAAGCAAUAGGACUGCAAAGACCUCAGAAGGAGCGUGUGGAGGAACUGCGUACAACAGCAGCUACACUUCGCACAAAACGAGACCGAAUACGGGCGGAAACAUCCAAAAUAAAGAAUCUAAAAGAUAAAAUGGACCAGAAGCUGCCACUGGAUGAUAAUGAAACUGAAGACUUUGUCAAAAUUGAACAAUAUCUGCUGAUGGCUCAACGUAUGCAGCUCAAGGACCUUCAAACUGCCCAUCGACUCAUUGCUGGAUACAGCUUGGUAGAGAGCAACCAAGGCAAAAGUGUGUGUGUCUCAUUUCGCACAGCUUUUGAGGGUGUUUGCUUGGAAACAUAUAACAUGGAGCUAGAUUUUACCCACAUGGUGCAGAUCAGUCGUCAUAACAUCCCUCCAUGUAUACCACUGGAGAAACUCGUCAAGGAGAAUCUACAGUCUGAUUUUAAAGGCUUCCUCCAAACACUAAACGUAUACCUUAAUGCUUUAGCUGGCCGUAAACAACAGAUUUCUCUCAUCGAGGAGCUCCUUGGGACAGUAGAAAUCGUUGAGAAAAAUCAAUUGUGCAACUUUCUUGCCCUCAUAUGCAAAAUUCCAGCGGAGACUGAUGAGGCUGUUCUGUGCACCCUGGAGUAUGGUGACCUCACCCGAUGUCUCCCUACUCAUGUUGUCAUUGAUGGCGAAAAUAAAACACUUAUAGAAUCUCCACAAUGGAAGGAAAACAAAGCGUUGCUCAUGGAGACUCCAGUUCACAGUGCUCUGUUGACCAUGAGAAAACUGGGAAGCAUUUCAUGAACAAAGCAGAAACAAUUUCUCAAGACGUACAUAUUUUCAAAGUCCUUGAAUUCACUAUCAAAUCAGUCUUCAAAUAUAGGGUGUGCUAUUUGUCAGCUUUCAGGUGAGGGAAAAUAAAGCCAGCCUAAGUUGUAGCAUUGCAUUACUGCUGAAGUCUGGGGACAAGAGGAUAGUGCAGUAAAUGUAAUUUAUAAUGUGCAGUAAAGUAAUAAAUGUAUGACUAGCAAAAGAAUGGUGUGUCCACACAUUCUGAAAAAAAAACCUUCUAGAAAUAUUGUUUGGAUUUCUAACUUGUUCUGAAUAAAAAGUAUUCAUAUAACCAUAAUAAACUAAAGUUAAUCUAGAAUCACAGGACAGCAAAAAACACAUCUGAUUCCUACAUAUUGUACUACGUUAGUAUACAUAUACAGUACUGUGCAAAGGUCCUAGGCACAUGUAAAGAAGUGCUGUAGACCAACAAUAAUGAAAUAUGUUUCAACAUGUAAAAAUACUAUAAACAACAGUCAGCCAUAAUAAAUUAACAAAGUCAAUAUUUGCUUUGAGACGACCCUUUGCUUAAAAAAUAAAGUACUUUUGGGUACAAUGAGUGCAGUUUUAUAAGGAAAUGAGCUGUAGGUUUUACUGAGCAUCUUACAGAACUAGCCACAGUUCUUCUGGACACUUUGUCACACUGGCUUCUUAAUUUUAUAGCAAAACCCAGUAGCCUUCAUUAUAUUUUCUUUUUUUUUUUAAUCUAAAAAGUGGUCCCUUGUGUAAUAUGCUGCUCCGAUACAAAAUUUUCUUUAACAUUUAACUGUAAACCUUUUGUGCUGGAAAACAAACGUUUGGAACUCUAAAAUGUUUUUGUACUGACUCAGUAAUGUAGAAGUCAUAAAAUAGAAAUCGAUAAAGUUUGUAUGAAAAAAAGGGUGCCUAAAAUUUUUUUGCACAGUCCUGUUUGUGUGUGUUUUAAGUUGUUUCUAAUGUCCUGAAGAAAUUCUGUAUUUUCUGAUUCAUUUUUUCUCUAUAUAAUUGUUUCAGCUGUUCCUUUUUUUGCCUCCUCUGUUCUUCUUGCAUUGCCAGCUCUUUUUGUGAAAUGCUGUCAAUUAAGGCCAAGUCUUUUAGAUUCAUGAUGGAUAACUGUUUUGAUUCAGAAGUCUGUGGCAGGACCGAGGAGGCUGAUUUCAAGAGUCUUGUUCCUUGCAGUUGUUCACUUCGAUUUGAAAGCGCUUCACUUGAAAUCAUCCUUCUGCCAGCUGGGGCUGAUCUUGGAUACCAAACAUGUUGAUUGCUUUUUGUUGUUCGUGUCUCUGAUAUGGCUCUCAUUGUGUUGGUAAGAGUUGCGUAAGGUUCACAGACUCUUAAAUGCAGUAGCUUUUUGUGUUCCUUCAGUAGAAAUUCUGUGUUUUGAUGAAGCAAUUUGAGGUUUAAUUUGUGUUUUCUGUGGAUUUGCUCCAGUUUCCACUGAAGAUCAAUGUCUUCUUUGUGAUUCUUUAGCUUUGUGUUGACAUAUAGAAGAUGGUUAGAUUUUCUCAAGUUUGCCUUUGGAGUCACACACAUUGUAUUGUUAUCCUGAAGUACAAUACAGAAAAGAGACUUGAAGUGAUUGCAUGUUGUACUUUUAUAGUUUAGAGGUUGGACUGCCUAUUUAUACAAAAGAAACAAACUAAUAAAUGUAAUUAACAUACCUUAACUUGCAUCCUUUUGGUCGGACUGCCUGUGUCUCUCUUUUUAAAAAUAAA